GUUCUCUGAGGCCUUGGCGGGACAGCCAGGGUGCGCCACAGGAUAGCCACUUUCUGGCCAUUCUUUGCGUGCCUGUGUCUCUUUCCAUGGGCUGAACCCCGGGGCUGAGCCGCAGCCUGACAGCCCCGGGAUACCGGAGUUGCAGUGGGAGGGGGCUUGCGCGAACUGGCGGGAGAUGUGGGAGCCCAGCCGCGGGGAGAGGGGCCGCGAAGGAGAAGUUUGUGAGAGAUUCCUUGCGUCCUCCAGGCUGCGCAGGCAGGUGAAAUGAAGUAUGGUGGACGCGGACGAAGGCUUGGAGGUUUUCAUACACUUGGAAGAAGAGAAUGUCAAGACGAAGUAGCCGUUUACAAGCUAAGCAGCAGCCCCAGCCUAACCAGACGGAUUCCCCCCAAGAAGCCCAGAUAGUCCAGGCCAAGAAGAGGAAAACAGUCCAGGAUGUCAAAAAAAGAAAAGAGGAGGUCACCAAGAAACAUCAAUAUGAAAUUAGGAAUUGUUGGCCACCUGUAUUAUCUGGGGGGAUCAGUCCAUGUGUUAUUAUUGAAACACCCCACAAAGAAAUAGGAACAAGCGAUUUCUCCAGAUUUACAAGUUACAGAUUUAAAAAUCUUUUUAUUAAUCCUUCACCUUUGCCUGAUUUAAGCUGGGGGUGUUCAAAGGAGGUUUGGCUAAACAUGUUAAAAAAGGAGAACAGAUAUGUUCAUGACAAGCAUUUUGAAGUCCUGCAUUCUGACCUGGAACCACAGAUGAGGUCAAUACUUCUAGACUGGCUUUUAGAGGUAUCUGAAGUAUACACACUUCAUAGGGAAACAUUUUACCUUGCCCAAGACUUCUUUGAUAGAUUUAUGUUGACACAAAAGGAUAUAAAUAAAAAUAUGCUUCAACUCAUUGGAAUUACCUCAUUAUUCAUUGCUUCCAAACUUGAGGAAAUCUAUGCUCCUAAACUCCAAGAGUUUGCUUAUGUCACUGAUGGUGCUUGCAGUGAAGAGGAUAUCUUAAGGAUGGAACUCAUGAUAUUAAAGGCUUUAAAUUGGGAACUUUGCCCUGUAACAGUCAUCUCCUGGCUAAAUCUCUUUCUCCAAGUUGAUGCUCUUAAAGAUGCUCCUAAAGUUCUUCUACCUCAGUAUUCUCAGGAAACAUUCAUUCAAAUAGCUCAGCUUUUAGAUCUGUGUAUUCUAGCCAUUGAUUCAUUAGAGUUCCAGUAUAGAAUACUGGCUGCUGCUGCCUUGUGCCAUUUUACCUCCAUUGAAGUGGUUAAGAAAGCCUCAGGUUUGGAAUGGGACAAUAUUUCAGAAUGUGUAGAUUGGAUGGUGCCUUUUGUUAGUGUUGUAAAAAGUACUAGUCCACUGAAGCUGAAGACUUUUAAGAAGAUUCCUAUGGAAGACAGGCAUAAUAUCCAGACCCAUACACAUUAUUUGGCCAUGCUGGACGAAGUACAUUACAUAAACACCUUCAGAAAAGAAGGACAGUUGUCACCAGUGUGCAAUGGAGGCAUUAUGACACCACCGAAGAGCACUGAAAAACCACUAGGAAAACACUAAAGAAGUUAACCAAACAAGUUGGAAUUCAAGUACAAGGUAGAAGUUGACAUAGAUGAACUCCUAAAGUUUUUAGGAAGAUAGUGCUGUGAUUUGUACUGGCCAAUACAGAAGUUACACUGCCAUUCUGUGAUGAAAAAACUUAAAAUUGGUACUAAGGAAGAAAUUUAAUUCCUAUGUUAGCUGUUAAAGAAACAGCAGGACUUGUUUACAAAGAUGACUUCAUUCCCAAGGUUACUGGAUAGAAGCCAGCCAUAACUCAUGCCAUAGCAGCUCUUUUUUUUUUUUUUUUUUUUGGAUCCAGUGUUACUAUGUUUAUCUUGAUAAACUAGGAAUUUUAUCAUUGAAGUUUUACCUUAAAGGGUACAUUAAAUGAUACAUACUUUGAAUCUAGCUUUUAGAUUCUCAAAAUUCCUACAAUCUAGGCUAGUGCAAUUUGGUUCUUGAAAAUAAAACUUAUUUACAAAGGUUUAGUUUUAUGAUAAGGUGACUAAUUUAUCUGAUAGCUGCUAUAGCAAGCUAUUAUAGGAAGUUGAAUUUCUAUAAAUGGUGAAACUAGUUUAUUUGCCUUGCCAUAAUACAUUUUUUAACCAGUAUGGCUUAGGUGAACAUGGUGUUUAACCUGUGCUCUAAAUAAUGGGAGUACCAAAGAAAUAAUAAACAAAAUAAAUGCUGUGGCUCCUACUUCUGGGGCUUUACCCAACUUAGAUUGCUUUCUAAUAUAACCUUUUUGUGUACUGCAAUUUGACUGAAAAACUUAAGUACCCUUUCAAAACUAUUUAUAUGAAAAAGUCACUUUAUUUUUCUAAGAUGUCCUUAAGGACUUCUUAAAUUUAGUGUGACUAAGGCUUUAUUUAUGUUUGCAAAACUGUUAAGCUUUGUCACUUUGUCCUUUAUCUCAAUGCAGGAUUUUUAAAGAGGACCUUAACACUUGACUAAAUUCUAUUUUCUUAAGGCAAAAGUAUUAAAUGUAUACUGACUCCUAGAAAUCUAUUUAUUAAAAAAAGCUUGACAAAAACUUGCUGUAUAUAGACCAGCUACUUCUACAUGCAUAUUUUAAAUUAGCUUUUAAAAAAAAAUUUCAGCCUCAGAAAGUAGAUUUAAUUAGAAAACAAAUUAUAUUAGAUUUAUUUUGUUUC